GCAUAGAUGCGUCAAUCAAGUCGUCCCUAAAUCUCACAUAUGAGAUGUAGUAUAUGCAUCAGUUCAUUUGCUUGAGACUGCGCCGCUUCAUCAUUUAACUUUGCAUCUGGACGCUCGCCGACAGGGGCGUUGCGAAUAAAAUAUGGCGACCACAAAGAGCUCAAAUGAAGCUCAGCAAGCCGCAGGAAUUAUGCUCUCGAGCGAGAUCACUGUGGACGCACCAGCAUUAGGAAGCAGUGGCAGACCGCCCAUGGUAAAGCAUUUGUCAACACCAGCAUAUAAAAGCCCACUGAGGCACCAUCAGCGUAGCCACUCGACUCCAAGACAGGUGAAAGAAACUCUCAAUGCUCGCUCAAGCUAUACCGACAGUCAAGAUGGCGGCGCUUCGCAACAUCGCAUCAAUCAAUACCUGAUCAAACAGGAAAUUGGACGCGGAUCAUUCGGAUCAGUACACCUUGCCGUCGAUCAAUACGGAACAGAAUAUGCCGUCAAAGAAUUCUCAAAAUCUAGGCUUAGAAAACGUGCUCAAUCAAAUAUACUUAGAAGGCCACAUGAUUCGAGUCAGCGAUGUAGUGGACGUCUAAGGUUUGGCUCGAACGCACCAUUCCACCAUCCCCCCGCCAGCGAAGACGCCGAGAAUCCCCUUUAUCUGAUCAAGGAAGAGAUUGCAAUUAUGAAGAAAUUGCACCAUCCAAAUUUAGUAUCUCUUAUAGAAGUUCUCGAUGAUCCGGAUGAAGACUCGCUUUAUAUGGUGGUUGAGAUGUGUAAAAAGGGCGUGAUCAUGAAAGUUGGUCUUGACGAGCGGGCAGACCCUUAUACCGAAGAAGAAUGUAGAUAUUGGUUCCGAGAUUUGAUAUUGGGCAUCGAAUAUUUGCAUGCGCAAGGAGUUGUACAUCGUGACAUUAAACCCGACAACUUAUUGUUGACGCAGGACGACGUUCUGAAGAUCGUUGAUUUUGGCGUGUCAGAAAUGUUCGAGAGGGCUACUCCAAUGCUGAUUGCAAAGUCCGCUGGAUCUCCUGCCUUUCUCCCACCUGAACUCUGUGUAUUGAAACACGGCAAGAUAUCGGGAACAGCAGCAGACAUUUGGUCUAUGGGCGUUACUCUUUACUGCCUACGCUUUGGAAGACUACCUUUCGAAAAGCAUGGUAUGCUUGAGCUAUUCGAGUCUAUCCGUAGUGAUAGCGUAGAGUUUGCAGACGGUUGCGACCCGCAGUUGCAAGAUCUACUUUCAAAAAUUUUGGUAAAGGACCCAGCCAAAAGGUUGACUAUUCCAGAGAUUCGGAAACACCCUUGGGUCACCAAGGAAGGAACUGACCCCCUGCUAUCGGCAGAGGAAAACACUGCUGAAAAAAUGGAACCACCAACAGAGGAAGAGAUGAACUCAGCCAUCACUGACAAAAUGAGCAAGCUUCUAAUAGUCAUGAAAGCCGUGGCCAAGUUCAAGUCGCUGCUGACGAAAAGACGCCCAAGUUUAUUUCAAGGCACCCUUGGACAAGGUGUCCGAAUUGUGCGGCCACCGCUUUCAACAUCUCCUCCAGCCUCAAGUCCUUGGCUUCAUCGAAGCAAGAGCAUGGAUCUUUACGAUCGACGGCGUGUGGAGCAAGCCUUAGCAGCAGAGGGCGUACAUCGGGAACUUGACGCUAUCACACCGGAAGACCGCAUUCCGCUCCCACACCGAGCAGAUAGUAUGGUUGUUGUAGAAAGCGGUAUCCAAAGUCCGAGUGAUCGACAUGGCUCGAGAACGGAGGAGUCCACUGGACCCACAUCCGUGUCCGAAAAACUAGCUUUGGGCAGCGGAAGAGAAUCCCGGAGCGACGUAUCGGCGCCCACUGCUGAGGGCGGAGAGCGUCGUCGUGCAAACGGAAAAGGCCAUGCACAAGACCCUCUCGAGAAUAGUAUCUUGCUCGAUGUUGGUCUUGGUGGCGACGACGAGGAUGGCGGCGCCUCAGCAUACAUCCUGAGCGAAUCGCCAAUGGCGACGCAUGAUCAUAUCUAUGAGAUGGCAUAUCAAGAAGAGAUUGAUCGAAUCAGGAAAACUCACGGACGAAAUACUUCACUUUACCUUACUCGUCGCGUCGAUAACGUGCAGAGGUUAAAGGAAGACGAAACUCUUUUGGGGCGGUCCACGACACCGGCGACACCGGCAAAAGGCGGAUUGGCAUCUCUCGUUAAUCGUGUAAGAGGUCAGGACGAUGAAAAGGAGCAAGCAGGUCAAAAUAAGCAAGAGGAAAAGUCAGAGUGAAUUGAUUUACCUUUUCACUGGUGUGGGGCUGGUCAUUGGCCGUCCAGUCAAAUGCCGCUCCGUUUGCGCCUGGAAAUUCCAAAUGGUAUGAUAAGCUCAGCCUGGCCGGUAUCUCGCGCUUGAAACUGGAGAAGCCCGGUGCGGGGCAGCGCAUAUCAUGCCCAAGGCUGGCUCCUCCAGAAGACAUUUCUGAGGAGCAG